UUGAAAGAUAACCAACAGUCUAACUCUGAAAUGGUCCAGCAUUUCCACUCAAAUAAAUUUCAGUGCAUGUUCAGACCAUCAAAUGCAUUUGUUAUUGAUAACGACAUAGACUGGAGAAAGAGACGUGAAAGAAUCUAUUUAUUCAAUUAUGAACAAGUCGAUAAAUAGACAUAAUGAUCUAGAUUAUUCUUGGAUGCCCUUGUUGCACAAAAAUAUUGAUCAUAUAAAAAGGAAGAUUGAAUUUAAACAAUCAAAGAGACAGUUAAGAGAUUAUGAGUAAUGGGACGGUAAAACGUCCUGUUGUCCGUCCGUUCCCACUAUUAUAGAGAGAGAGAGGGGGAAAAAAGAAUAAAUUAUAUAGUAUGUGUUUCUCAAAUAGUUCUAUAUGUCAUUCAUUAUUUUUUCAAACUGAAGAAGGAAGAAGAUUCUUCCGAAACGUUUUUUGAAAUAAUUUCUGUUAAUAAAAUUUAAAAGGAAGAGUUUACAAUCAAAAACUAAUGAUGUUUCUGUUUAAGGACUUUCAUGUUAAAACAGGCCUCCUCGAAAUAGUACAGACUGCCUGUCGUUUGUUGCAUCAUUGGGCAGAUGUAUUAAAAAAUGAUUUUACCAGUUACGUAGAAAAAACAACAGAAUUAAUGCUGGCAUUAUUAAGGUUUAAUUGUCAUGAAGGUGUUUGUGCUGCAGUAGCUGAAGCAUUACCACAUCUCCUUGAGUGUGAAAAAUUACUUGGUGAUAAAUGUGUUAGACAAAUGUGGCAAAAUAUGAAAAAAGAGUUAUUUAGUGUCAUCAAAAUCAAGUACGAGGAAGAUUGUGAUGCAUAUAUAUUGAUUCGUUCAUCGGACAUAGUUCGUUCAUUACUUGUCACAUAUUCAGAUUCGUAUUUAAUAUAUUUUGAUUCGUUAGCACCACAUUUCUAUCGAUUACUAGAAAGACAACGUAGUGUUUCUGAUCGUCAAUGGUCAUUACAUGUUUGGAAUGAUAUCAUUCAAUACACUGGUCAAACAUCAUUUCGUUAUCAGCAAAGUUUUCUACAACGUAUGGCUGAAUCGGUUCAAGAUGUAUCUGCUGAGGUAAAUACAGCACCUUACUAUCGUCAAUUAGUUGUAGUUAGAAAUUGUAUGAUUAUGUAUGAAGUGAUAGAGUGA